AUGCAUAAAAGUGAUUCUGAAGAAGAUAAAGAGAAUUGGUGUCAAGAGUUUACUAAGUAUUUUACACAAAUAGACGCAUCUCAAAUAAUUCAUAUUUCAUUAGAAAUUUUUCUACAAAAUAUUCAAAUUGAUAAAGAUCAAUUAAAAAAAUAUAUAAUAUUUGCUGUAGGACACUACAAUAACAUUCCUUACCACAAUGCUACACAUGGACUAAAUGUAUUGUAUUCAGGAUCUAUAUUUCUUAAAUAUUUAUCUCGGUACAAUUUAGACAACCAAACUAAGUUUAUUUUUCUUACAUGUUGCUUUUUACAUGACAUUAACCAUCCUGGAUUAACAGAAUACAAAUCAUCUACUCUAGAUUUUGAAUAUCAUCAUGUUAAAUAUGUAAAAGAAUCCCUUUUAAGAUACUUUCCUAAAUAUAUUACCGAUCAGAAUUUAUUAUUAAUUACAGAUCUUAUAUUAUCUACAAAUUUAAUAAUGCAUGAAAAGAUAAUCUCUGAAUUUAAAAAAAAAUAUAAAAAUUAUAUUAAAAAAGAAAUAGGGAUUUUAGAAUUAAAAAUGCUUAUUAAAUUAGCAGACAUAAGUGCGUCAUACAAAAAGUAUGAGAGUUUCAUAUGUGGAAGUAAAUUGUUAGAACAAGAAAUAUUUGGGAAAAAUUUAUUAAAUUGCAAAAAUAAAUUACAGGAAGAUACAGAAUUUUUACUUAAAUAUUCGCUUCCACUAGCUAAAACAUUUUCUGCUAUUUUUACAGAAUUUAAGUUUUUACAUGACAAUGCUUUAGAAAAUUUGAGAAUAUUAAGGAACCAAUAA